AUGAGAAGUGACAAUGAGAGCUUCUUGGGGGAUACCCCAAACUACUUCAUCCUUCUAGGUGCUUCUGACAGACCAUGGCUGGAGCUGCCUCUAUUUGGGGUCCUCCUGGUGUCCUAUGUUCUGGCCAUGUUGGGGAACAUUUCGAUCACCUUGGUGUCCAAGCUGGAUCCCCAGCUGCAGAGCCCCAUGUACAUCUUCCUGAGCCACCUCUCCUUCCUGGACCUCUGCUACACCACCACCACAGUCCCGCAGGUGCUGGUCAACACAGGCAGCUCCAGGAAGACAAUCAGCUACGCUGACUGCACAGUGCAGUAUGCGGUUUUCCACUGGCUGGGCUGCACCGAGUGUGUCUUCUUGGCCGCCAUGGCCCUGGACCAUUAUGUGGCCAUCUGUGAGCCCCUGUGGUAUGCUGUUAUCAUGCACCGCACCCUCUGCCAGCAGCUCGUGCUUGUGGCCUGGCUCAGCGGCUUUGGAAACUCCCUCGUUCAGGUCAUUCUGACUGUGCCAUUGCCGUUCUGUGGGUGGCAGGUGCUCAACAACUUCUUCUGUGAGGUGCCGGCCAUGAUCAAGCUGUUGUGUGCUGACACCACUGUGAAUGUUGUCACACUGGCUGUGUUGGUGGCCUUCUUUGUGCUGGUACCCCUUGGUCUCAUCCUCCUCUCCUAUGGCUUCAUUGCCUGUGCGGUGCUCAGGAUCCCAUCCUCCACUGGACGGCACAAAGCCUUCGGGACCUGCUCCUCCCACCUUGUGGUGGUGUCCCUCUUCUACCUUCCCGCCAUCUACAUGUAUCUGCAGCCCCCUUCCAGCUACUCCAAAGAGCAGGGAAAGUUUAUCUCCCUCUUCUACUCCAUCAUCACCCCCACACUCAAUCCCUUCAUCUACACCCUGAGGAAUAUGGAUGUGAAAGGAGCUCUGAGAAGACUUCUCAGGAUUGCUUUGGCUAUUCGGGGUCUUUGGUGUUUCCAUAUGAAUUUUUGAAUUAUUUGUUCCAGUUCAUUGAAGAAUGCUGUUGGUAAUUUGAUGGGGAUUGCAUCAAAUCUGUAUAUUGCUUUGGGCAGGAUGGCCAUUUUGACGAUAUUAAUUCUUCCUAGCCAGGAGCAUGGGAUGAGUUUCCAUUUGUUAGUGUCCUCUUUAAUUUCUCUUAAGAGUGUCUUAUAGU